CAUUUCCGCUUUUGUAUUGUGUUUAAGUAGUAGUUGUGGCGAAAGCAUUGCACCGGCAUUACUGUACACUUGUCACUGAUCUAUCUAUUUGUUUGAUUAUAACCUAAAUUAUUAGAGUUGAUCUAAUAAUUGCUGACCAAAUCAAUUAAUUACAACCAAAACAAUGGGAAAAGAGAAGACUCAUAUCAAUUGUGUCGUCAUCGGACACGUCGACUCCGGUAAGUCGACCACUACCGGCCACUUGAUCUACAAGUGCGGUGGUAUUGACAAACGAACCAUCGAAAAGUUCGAGAAGGAAGCCCAGGAGAUGGGUAAGGGAUCGUUCAAGUAUGCCUGGGUGUUGGACAAACUGAAAGCCGAACGCGAGAGAGGUAUUACCAUCGACAUCACUCUCUGGAAGUUCGAGACACCGAAGUACUACGUUACCGUUAUCGAUGCUCCCGGUCACAGAGAUUUCAUUAAGAACAUGAUUACCGGUACCUCUCAGGCCGAUGUGGCCGUAUUGAUUGUAGCCGCCGGUACCGGUGAGUUCGAAGCCGGUAUCUCCAAGAACGGCCAAACCCGAGAACACGCACUGUUGGCUUUCACACUCGGUGUCAAACAAUUGAUUGUUGGCGUCAACAAAAUGGACACCACUGAACCCCCGUUCAGCCAGUCUCGAUUCGAAGAAAUCCAAAAGGAGGUCUCAGCUUACGUCAAGAAGAUUGGUUACAAUCCGGCAACCGUUCCGUUUGUGCCGAUUUCCGGCUGGAAUGGAGACAACAUGUUGGAGGCAUCGACUAACAUGCCCUGGUUUAAGGGAUGGAACAUCGAGCGCAAGGGUGCCAAAGCCGACGGCAAGACAUUGUUGGCCGCUUUGGAUGCCAUGGAGCCGCCGUCACGACCAGUUGACAAAGCCCUGCGUCUACCACUUCAGGACGUCUACAAAAUUGGCGGUAUCGGAACUGUCCCAGUUGGCCGAGUCGAGACUGGUGUCCUUAAACCCGGUAUGGUUGUCACCUUUGCCCCGGCCAAUCUGACCACUGAGGUCAAGUCUGUUGAAAUGCAUCACGAGGCCCUCACCGAAGCCGUUCCCGGCGACAAUGUUGGCUUCAACGUUAAGAACGUAUCGGUUAAGGAGUUGCGCCGAGGCUAUGUUGCCGGCGACUCUAAAGUUGAUCCACCCAAGGCUACCGAAGAUUUUACCGCUCAGGUAAUCGUUUUGAAUCAUCCGGGACAGAUCAGCAAUGGUUAUACACCAGUCCUCGACUGCCACACCGCUCACAUUGCUUGCAAGUUCAAGGAGAUCAAGGAAAAGAUUGACAGACGAAGUGGUAAAAAGAUUGAAGAUUACCCGAAGGCCAUCAAGUCUGGUGACGCUGCCAUUGUUGAAUUGGUUCCAACUAAGCCUAUGUGUGUGGAAACGUUUACCGAGUUUCCCCCGUUGGGUCGUUUCGCUGUCCGCGAUAUGAGGCAAACUGUAGCCGUCGGUGUUAUUAAAUCCGUGAAACACAAAGACUUGACGGCCGGUAAAGUGACGAAAGCCGCCGAAAAGGCACAGAAAAAGAAAUAACUAUUACUUCUAAUAACUAUUAUUAAAAGACUUCUAGAUUUUUUUGAUUUCAUUAAUAUUUUUUUUCAAACAAUUAUUACGAUAAAAAAAAUUACAAUUAAAAGCAAAAACAACGCUUUUUUCUCUGUUAGCUAAUGAUUAUUAAUAAUUAAUUAAUACUAUUAUUAUUAUUAUUGAUUAUUAUAAUUAUAACACAAAUAUUUCGAAAUUAAAUGUUAUUUUGAGACUAAAAACGAUUUUUAAAAAAAACAAAACAGUUGUAUUUGAUUUCAUACCGUUUAUUAAAUUUCAUGAAUUUUUUUUUAAAAUUAUUACCCCCACUAUCACUAAUACUAUUGAUUUGAAU